ACACACACAUCUGAUAGCGGCAGCGUCACUCGGUUGGAAUCAAUGUUUGUUUGUGAUCGCGAAUUCGCACGCGCUUCUGCAUUAUACAUCUUUUGAAAACAAUAUUUUCAUUUACUGAUAAAAGCAAUUUUGUGUGCACAUGCGCAAUGUCAUUGCGCAAUUGUUUAUAGUAGCGUCAGUGCUGAAAACAAAUCAAAGUGUAAAAUGAACUGCUGAAACCUGCAUUUGGUGCUGGCUCUUGUCGCCUGCCUGCUUGUGUGUGCGUGCGUGUUUGUGUGCACUGCUGCGACUGGGAAAAAGGCGCAAAACCAAAGGCAACAAUAACAUCGUUGGUUGUCAUUUACCGUUUCUGUGAUAUUUGAAGUGUUUCAAAAACAUGUCUAGCAGCAGCGAACUGCCUCCAAUAAUAUUACAAGGAAAACAAUUGAUAAAAUUUCGCCAUCUCAAGCGGAAAUAUCCGGUGUCCAGGGAAUUUCUACACCGCAACUGGUGGAACGUGAAGCGCUUCAUCCUCUAUGCCCUGACACCGCGCUGUGUCUUGCGGAACUACGCCUGGCGCAGGCGACGCAACAACCGCGUGACCAUCCGGAAACGCGUUCGACUUUGCCUCUUCGAUCCGCGCCUCAAGCGGAUGAUAAAGAGGCGCAAGCAAAACAUCAAAAAAUGGUCGGUUAGCAUCGUGAAUCAUCACAAGAAAAUGGGACACAUCGAUGAGUACGAGGAGACGGAGUUAUACAACGUUGCAGAGCCGCUGCCAGCAGCGGAGCUGUCCAAGCAGAUGAAGCAACAGCUAGAGCUCCUCAAGACAGGCAAACGGAAUCUCUGCCUCAUCGAAGAAUCCAACAAAAAUGUCGAAAUUCUCGAUGCCAAAGCCUACGAGGCAGUCAAAGAGAUCAGUGUCGGGGAUGAUGUAAAAACUGGAUCUCAAGCCGAACGACUCGGUAAAGACAAUGGUCAGAGCGAAUGCGUUGAUCCAAUGGACAUUACCCCCUCAAAGGAGACAGAAGAGAAGACGCCCACAAAGUCAACCGAAUCAAUGUUUGCUGACCAGGAAGAUACACCCACGCCAGCCACUCCCAGCAAAGAGAAUACCAGCCAGACCAGUGCUUGCUCCAGUGCCGAAAAAGUUGAGAAAACCGAGAAAUCCGGUGGCAGCAAGUUCCUGGACAUGCUGAUGAAUAAGGUGCGUGUUAAGCCCUUCGCACGGGAAUCGAAUUUACCCAUUGAAGCCUGCCCAACACCUGCGUAUACAGCCGAAGAGGACGGCAGCGGCGAUUUUGUUGGCUUCGAUGAGAGCGUUCAUCAGCCGGGAAUGCUGCUCACUCCCAUAGUGCCGCAGAGCUGCAAGACUCUCGAGGGGAACUCGGCCUUUGUCAGCGAAUCUCUCGAUGCGUACAUGCGCGAGCAUCACAUCAACGAUGACAAGGAGAAGCUCCUCGAGCCCAUGGGCCACGACGGUCAGGUCACCUCUCACAGUCUGCCGCCGCCCAUGGAUAUGCCAGCUGUGCCCGAGGCCCUGCAGCGGCUACGCACGGUGGCCGAGCGUCGUUCGUACCUGCAGCGCUCCAAGAACCAAAAGAUGGCCAUCAUUAACAACGAGGCGAAUAUCUACAGGGAGCUGCAGCGCAAGCAGCGCCAGCGCAAGGUCAAGAUUGGUGCCAUGCAGCUACUGCAGGCCUCCACCACGCAGAUGUCCUUUACCCGCCAGGGCUGGCAGGCGGCCAGCUAUGUGGCCACCGAAAUGUCCAAGUAUUAUUAUCAGGUGAUCCAGGUGGACGGAGAGAGAGUUCGCCUGCCCGGUGCCCAAGGCAACAAUCUGCAGCGUGAGAAGCUUCCAUACCGGAGCAAACUGACGCCCCAAGAGGCAACCAGAGUUCGGUGCACUGACCUGUGCCUGGAUGCAUCGAUUCAUCCCAAGCUGAAUAUUAUGCCAAGCACAACGACGAGUGUCAUGAAUCCCAAGCGCCUCAAUCAGUUUCCAUUAUCCGCCAUCUUUCCACCCUGCCCGCUGUCGAUGAAACCGCUGCAGAAGCCAUUGGAUGACGACACGGCCGCUCUACUGCUAGCCGGCGGCAGCAUGGCGGUGGUCAGCAUGCCCACCGUACAGCUCGAAGUGAUGCCGCAGCUGGGCAGGCCACUCGAUGAGAUUGCGAAGCGAUAUCUGCAGCACAUUCUUCCCCAUCAUGACAUCACCAGAGAGUGGGCCGAGUUUAGUGUGUCGACCCUGCAGCAGCAGCCGCGCGUUUGCAUGAGGGAGGCCGAGGAGCAGGCUUCCCAGACGCCAGCUGGCCGACGCAAGAGCUUCACCUUUGUCAUUCCAUAUAUAAACGAUCGCAAUCACAUUUUGGUGCGUCGCGUCGUGGAUCGGUCGGAGCAAAUGGAUCCCAACUUCUACCAGGAGCCACACAAGCUGCAGGAGUUCGAUUUCCGCAAAGCUCUGCCCGAGGAGCCCGACGCCGAUCUGCUGGACUGUGCGGACAUGAUCAAUGACAUGAUCAACACGGUGGCCAUCAGCUGCAGCGAGAACAGCUUUAUCAAAGAGGACACUCGGACAAUGUACGAUCUGGCAGCGCCCAGCAGCCCGCCGAAGCCAGCCGCCGAGUUGAGUGCCGUCAAAGAGGAGGAUGACAAGGCCUUGGGCAAGUGGAAGCGUCGUCCCACCAAGCAGAAGCGUUUGGCCAAUGAGUUGCGACGCCUCAAUGCCACAAUCAUAGAUGCGGCCGCCAGGAAUGCGGAUGCCAAAAAGCCGUGCAUUAAGGAUCACUGCCAGCUGGGGUGCGUAUGCGCCAGUCUGAGUGGAGCAGAGCUGCCAUUGCGGGACCAUUGCGGACGCGCCGACUGUGUCAUCGAGUGCCAUUGCCUGGGUGGCGAACAGGCGCGUGUGAUGCGCGUACAAACGGCCGAUGGGCGAAGCAUCUCCAAUGAGGAUGCAUUCAACUUGCGACGCAAGGCCACGGCACGACUGGCCAAAAUGGAAAAGGAUUUCACCUCCACACUGGUGCUGACGGACAACGAGACGCUGCUGAUAAACGAGUCGCAGGGCGAUAAGAAGCGACGCUGCACCAAGGCCCCCAAGCGCUAUGAAGACUUUGACGACUCGAACAUGUUUGACGACGACGAACUGGUCUCCCCAUCCCGCGCCACAUUGAAGCGGAAUGCUGCGGCUGCGGCUGCAACGGCGGCAGCUGCUGCUGCAGCAGCUUCGGCGCUGGCUGCUGCCAAUGCGAAGAGUGCUGCUGCCGCGCUCAGCAAGAGCUGCAAGGUGAGGGACACGGAUCUGGCCCAGCUGAAGCACUGCACUGUAUCGAUACGUCGCCUGCCCGACAUGGGCAACCUUGCCACCUUCUGCAUGACCCAUCAGCUGUACAAGUGCUUCUGUGGCGGCGAGUCCAUCGAGGGCAAGCCCGUGAUCAUCGAGAAGGAGCAGUGGAACACGACCGUGUCGCAUUUCAACCCAGAGUUGGCCACCCGUGCUCACUAUAGCUUCGAGCGGCCGCCAGAGGAGCCGCCCAAGAAGAGGGGCAGAAAGAAGGAGGUGAAGAAAGACGAGUUUGAGGCAGCUGAAAAGGAGGUGGCGGAGCAGCUGUCGGUGGCGGAGUCGUUGCCGUUGCCGUUGCCGCCUCAGCCGAAACUCGAAGGGAUGCUGGUUUCGCGACCCAAAGCUCCUCCGAUGAAGUCCCCCAAGAAUGUGCGCAAAGAGGAGGAGGAGAGUGCGCCGAAGCCGGUCGCACCAUCCACCACUGCCGCCACUCCGCAUGAGCGCAGCGUUGAGCUGGACAACAUUUACUCGUACUACAUUUCGCGUCCGUAUCUCUGUCGGCGUGCCGUCUCCGUGCCCAGACGCUCCUACACGCGGCGGAAUCGCUGCCGCGUAAAAAGCACGCUUGACUUCAUUGCCGCGACGGAGACACUCGAGAUGAAGGAGCUGCUUAGACGGCGCAUCGACGGCGCAGUUUUCUUCUAUCGCAAGGAGUUGGAUAGGCAGAGAAAUCGUCAGCUGUUGCUACAGGCUGAGACGCAGGGCGAGACUGCUCCGGUCAUAAUUGUGCGUGAUGACUCGGAUGAGAACGAGCAGACUGGCAGUCGGAAGCGGAAUGUGCCGUCGAGCCGGCAGGAGGUGCAACCUGUGCCCCCCAGCAAGCGCACCAAACUGCAGGCGGACAGGGCUGCCGGCGAUGGGAACCUUCAAUUGGAUAUACAGGUGCCACGCAUUGCCGCCUGCUACUCGCUGAAUACCGCCUCUGUGGAUGUGCUGGGAUCUGGCCUGAAUACAGCGGCGGCUGCUGCUGCGGCCGCUAGCGGGGUGGGGCCCAGCUCCACCGAAGCGGACUCGCCCAACUUCCGCUCCUUCUACAACGAGGUGGUAAAGAACAUGAACACGCUGGUCAGCAAGAAGAUGCAGGACAUUGAUUUGGCCCUGCAGCGCGAAAGCAAAAUCAUUCCAGCGCCAAACGAGGAGAUUCUCUGCAUCAUCAAGUGGACCAACUUCCUGGCCGCCUACGAAUGCAACUACGUUUACAUUUGGAUUGUACAAAUGAAGCAGUAUACCUUCCUGGCGGCCACCACCACCAAUCUGAUGCCCACUGUGUGCGGUGCCAUUGCCAUUGGCGACACCAGAUUCGCAUCGUCCACAGCCGAGACCCCCAUGAUGGCGCGCAUGUUGAUGGAGAGCAAGCGCAAUGAGCACACCAGCCGACUGGCCGUUGUUAUGCAGGGCAGGCAGAGCUAUUGGCUGGUCAAGGGCUUUCUGCGUCACAUGCAGGGCAGCGCCUGCACCAAGCCCACGCCACAGACGCAUCCACUGCUCACCAAGAAGAUAAACGUGCUCUGCUCGCUGCUGGUGAAGCAGCGCAUUCGCGAGCACCAAAAGAAAGAGGCUACCACCGAUGCUCGCCCAACGGCAAGCACAAAGGUUGUGCCAGAUAAAGAGCCUGCAACCGCAACUGAAAAAGCAUCUACAUCUGCGUCUGCGUCUGCAUCUGCAUCCGAAUCUGUGACUGCACCAGAAGAGGAUUAUGUGCAGGAGCCAGCGAGACCAGCUUCCUCGAAUCAGGCGCUGACAAAGGCAAACGCUUCCAACAUCCGCUCGAACAUCGAAUUCCGUAAGCUGACGCGAAGCGAUGUGGAUGAACUGGAUAUACCCGAUAGCUACCAGGGUGACCAUCGUUGGGUGGUGCUCGAUCUUGUCGAUGAUUUCUCUCACAUCUUUGUGCCCGCCUUCGGGGAGAUGAUAUCGCUGGACAGGAUACACAAGGUGAUGCGGGUGGCGCGUGAAAAGAAGAAGCUGGUGAAGCUUCAGUUCUUCCAUCAGGCACCAUACGAUGCCUUCGUGACGUCCACCUCUCGGAAGAAGAUCUACUUCGGGCCGCUGCGACUCGAUAUGUCGCCGCCAGUGCUGGUGCUGCUGCAGAGCGUCGAUGGCAAGAUGAUGCUGCGAGAGGUGUACCAGAGGGAGCAUUCCAUUCCCGUGCAGCCCCACCACCGGAGCAUGGCCUUUUGGGUGGUCAAAUUGCAGGGACAGUUGCACUUUGAGGUCGAUCUGGAUGAUCAGAAGACUGUUACCAAUUCCAAUGCCCCGCAGAUUAAUCUGCCAUCCGCUGAGAGCCUGUUGCGGGCUCCUGGCAACUCCAGCGAGCAGUCUGUGCCCGCCAACGACUUGGCGGUUGUCAUUAUCGACAGCGACAGUGACGAAGACGAGGAAGUGCCGGAGAAAAAUGACACAGGUAAGGGCCAGAAUGAGAGCGAGAAGCCCAUGGAGACGGACAAGGAGACAGAGACGCCUCAGCUGGUGGGGGAAUCUCUUCUGCUGCCAGUUCCGGAUAAAACACAGGAGCUACCGCGCAUGAACUUCACUAUACAAACGAUGCCCAGCAGUGGGGCGUUGCAUAUCACCCCAGGCACCUCCAGUCCAAAGGCCACAGAAGCUGCUACCGGCCCAGAAUCCACGCGUCCAGGCAGCAACGAGAACAACUGGCAAGUAACUGGCCCCUUUCUGCCCUUCAUAGCCAAUGUGCCGGCAAUUGGUGAUCUGGCGCCCACCACCCAGUACCUUACACCCCAAGUGCAGCUCACCCAAACAGCAGUCGGCGCUUCCGCCGUUUCCUCCGCCGAGCCAGGUCCGUGCCUUGUUUCCUCCUUGGACCCGCCGGCACCCAAGAUCGGCCGCUUCUCUUAUGGUGCCAGGAUCAACGAAUCGCUGCAGGAGCUACUGAGCAGCGGCACCACCCCGACAGCGACGCCAUCUGCCAGCAUAACCGUCACCAAAAUGGAUGGCAAUGAAUCCAAAGGAGCAGCCAAAACACCAGGCAAGGCCGGUGAUGCCAUUAAGAUUGGCACAAAGCGCAGUCUGUCUGGGGCGCCAAAGCAUUUACCAAGACUCUUGCCCAAGCCAACUCCCGCGUCCACAGAGAAGCCAGACACAGGGGUGACACCAACGGCCACCAACGGUCCACCAACCUUGAUCGUGGGUAAUCAACAGCUGAUACGAGCACGUCCUGCACCGACACCGGGGCCAGCCAACUGUGUGAAGCUGUACCCCAGGGGAGCGCCGUCCACCGCCGGCAAAGCUGUUGUACGAGCGCUAAAAGAUCCACAGUCGGAGAAGGCACCAACUUCUGCGGCUGCUGGAGAGGGUAAACGAGUUGAUAAACCGGCAAAGAAGACUACAUCUCCAUUGUACGUUCCGCCCACUCCUGGUCGGAUGCCCGGCCGCAUCUCUUUGCCUGGCAAGCAACAGUCUGCUGGCGCGGAGCAGACCCGCUCGCGCCCUUCCCUGCCAGCGAAGGUGCCGACGUCACAGAGUGCGACUCAAACGGAAGGGGCUGCGUCAAAGUGUAUCUAUGGCUAUUUGGUAUCCGAUGGAUUACCUAAAUACCGCACCAAGGUUUUGGGCGAUGAUUUCUUUCUCAAGAUGCCGAAUGUGGGAAUUCUGCGCUUCACGAACUGCACCACUGCCGGCGCCUACCUUAAUCGCGAACUUAUGCGGAGGUCGGAGCACAAGGACUUGCUGCCAGCCGACUGGAAGUUCCGCCCCGACCCACAGUCGAUUGUGCGGCAAACAAUAAGCGCCAAAUUGCCAACCAAGGAUGAAGAGACACCGCCGCUCAUUGAAAUCGAAGAUUAAACCCAAAAAUAUAAAA